ACACUCACCAUAGUGAAGCUUUUUAUUUUGGAGUUUGGACUGUCGACUAAACUUAUUUAUAUUGAUCCGAAAAGUACAGACAGAAUUUUAGAAGCUUACACGCACAUACUAAAAUAUUAAUCAGGAUAUUGAAUCUAUUGAUAGACAUGCAACAGAAUGCCAAUUUCAGUUUACUAUCAAGUUGCCAUGACAACACAUUUUGUCCUUGACACUUUCUCAUUUUGAGGUUAUGUUCGACAAGACUGCACAGACACUUGUUCAUGUUCGCUUUUCGGUGAUAUUUGAACUGAUAAUUUCGUAAACUAGUUCUUACUCAACGUUUAUCGAUAGAUAGCCCUUCAUUCAACCUCUAAAUACCUAUUAUCACCCGAUUAUUUUUAGUGUUUAUAUAAAUUUAUUUAAAAUGGAAAAGAAAAGUGUUUCUUGUAUGAUAGGACCUUCGAUAUUGAAUUCAGAUUUGUCAUGUUUAUCUGACGAAUCUCAACGAUUAAUUGACAAUGGUGCAGAUUACUUGCAUUUGGAUGUGAUGGAUGGACAUUUUGUUCCAAAUAUGACGUUUGGACAUCCUGUGGUAAAAUGCCUUAGGAACAAAAUAAAAGAAGCUUUCUUUGAAUCCCAUAUGAUGGUUUCAAAUCCAGAAAAGUGGAUUGAACCAAUGGCCGACUCUUCAGUCAACCAGUACACAUUUCACAUUGAGCCUUGCGAGGAUGUGCCAACAGUUUGUAGGAAAGUUCGAGAAGCAGGUAUGAAGGUUGGAUUAGCGAUCAAACCUAACACACCAGUUGAGGCUGUUGAGGAGUACAUUGAAAUGGCCGACCUAGUGCUUAUAAUGACAGUGGAGCCAGGCUUCGGAGGCCAAAAGUUCAUGAAUGAUAUGAUGCCGAAAGUGAGACAUCUGAGGAAAAACUACCCCAACCUCAAUAUAGAAGUCGAUGGAGGUGUUGACCUGAAAACCAUUCAAUGCUGUGCUGAGGCUGGAGCAAAUUGGAUAGUAGCUGGAACUGCGAUUGUCAAAUCGGAGAAUCCAAAUCACGUUAUUUGUUCUCUUCGAGCAACUGUGCAAAAUUCAUUUUCGAAGAAUGACCUCUGAGCUGAUAUUCAAAUGCCAUAAAGUAACAUUCCAAUAUUGAUUUUGAUAUUUCUAUGUUAAUAAAAUUUUUUAUAGCUGGUGUUCAUAAAUUUCAACUUAUCAACUUUUUCGAA